AUGCAUUCUAUUCAUGUAAAUAUAUCUGAUGUCAUACCUUUUUCCUGCCUAUCUGGAAAAUGUCAUGAAUAUAAUUGGUUCAAAGACAUUCCUCAAAAUCUUGAAGAGUUAAAGUACUCUAUACGAUUUUUGAUUCGAGCCAAAAAGCAUGCUGCUGAUAUUCAUUCAACAUUUACUUCAAUUUUUGAAAGCUUCACUGUUUUGAGAAAAUUUGGAAUAUCAUUUAAUGAGAAGUCAUUAGAUCAACUGCAAAAUUUAGAUGCCAGCUGGAAAAAACUUGAAGCGAAUUUUAAAAAAUAUUACACUGAUCUACAGAAAGUUCAGGCAACACAUCAAAGGUAUUUUCUGACUUUUCAUGAAAAGCUGAAAAAUGCUGCCAAUAGUCUUAAAGAAGAAUUGAGUGAGACUGGUCCUUUCACACUGAAGUUUGAUUAUGACAGUGCUAUGGUACUUAUAGCAUUUUUUAAGAAAUGCUUACUUGGUCUUAAGAAGAAAGAAUUUCAGAUGAAUAAAGAUGCUGUUUUCUUUCAUAUAUUUUUAGAGCCUUUGGAAAUGCUGAAAUUAGUUGAACAAGAAUUAGAACAUCUUAAAGUAUCAUGGAUCUAUGUAAAGCAGCAUGAUGGAUAUACAGAGGAAUGGAGUAAUUUACCGAUUGUGAAAUUUGAUGUUCCAAGUAAAAAAGUUCUUUCUGAUAAUCUUGAAAAGAAUAUAAAACAAUUAAAAAAUGAAGUACAGGGAACCCACUGGGUUUUGCUUGAUGAGCUUCUGUCUAAAGUGGAUAAUUUAAAUGAAUAUUAUGAAGUGAUUUUGAAUUUUCAAGAAAAGACUUUGCAAAAAAGACAUUGGGAUGAACUAAGGAAUUUGUUAAACCUUGUUGCUGUGGAAGAUAGUGAAGAUUUUUUCAAAAGUGCAGAUUUCACUUUCUCAUGUUUACAAAACUUGGAAGUAGAAAAUCUUGUUAAUAAAGUUAGUGUGGUUGCAACUCAAGCUAGGAAAGAGUAUGAAAUAGAAAAGUCUAUCGAAGAAGUUGAAAACAUAUGGAUGUCUGUAUGCUUUGAUAUGAAAGAAUUUAAAACAUUUUAUAAACUAGAAAGCUCUGAAAACAUUGUAUCUAUAAUUGAAAGUCAUCAGAUGAAUCUAAGAGCUAUGAAGGCUUCAAAAUAUGUUGGUUAUUUUGCCAAUAAGGUGGAUUCUCUAGAGAACUCAUUAUCUUUGAUCUUAGAUGUAAUUGAACAAGUGGAAUCUUUCCAAAGCAAAUUUUUUCUUCUAGAGAAUAUAUUUGGGGAGCAAACAGUACAAGCUCAAUUGCCAAAAGAAGCAACAGAAUUUGAAAAUGUCACUUUCCUGUGGAAAGAUAUCUCUAUUAUGAUGAAAGAAGAAAAGCUAGCCUGGGAUAUCAGUCAUAAACCAGGUUUCUUCGAAGUACUCUAUGACAUGAAUGGGAAAGCUGAAGAAGUUGAGAAAUGUCUAGAAGCUUACCUAGAGUCCAAACGACGUACAUUUCCACGCCUCUAUUUUCUCUCAAAUGAUGAUUUAUUAUCAAUCAUUGGACAAGAUAGUCCCCUGGAAGUUCAGAGACAUUUAAAAAAGUUGUUCGAUAACUUAGACAAACUUGAGAUUGUUCAGAAAAUGGAAAAAAUAAUGGCAUGUAUUAUACAACAUGAACAGGAGAUGAUUAUUGCUGCUGUAGGUAUGUAUUCGAAAUGUCAUGAAUAUGUCAAAUUCAUUGAGCCUAUACAUUUGGAUGGUCCAGAGGAAUCAUGGUUGUUAGAUGUAGAAAGAAUGAUGCAUUUGACCCUAUCUACCCUUUUACCAAACUGUCUUCAUAUCUUGUUAGCUGUUCUUCAGAAAGAAGAUAUUAACUUUGCACAUUUAAAAUGGUUGAACAAUUGGCCCGGCCAGAUUUGCUCACUUUCUCUGCUUGUUGCCUGGACUGCAGAAGUAACAGCAAGCAUAAAAAUUGUUCAAGAAACAGCUGUAACAACUGCCUUGAAAAAUUUACGUAAAAAAUGGAGAGAUAUUUUGAAUCAAUCAGCUAUGAAACUGCAAAAUGAGAAGCAAAUACUUAUACAGAUGAAAGCAAUGAAUAUCAUAAUACUUUUGGCUCAUGCGUGUGAUGUCAUAGAUUCCUUAUUAAAAUAUGUGUGCAAUGAUGUUAAUGCUUUUGAAUGGUUAGUUCACCUACGAUUUUAUUAUGAAGAAGAGAAGGACGAAUGUCUAAUUAGACAAGCACAAGCUAUGUUUAAAUACGGAUUUGAAUUUUUAGGAAAUUGUGAACGAUUAGUUAUAACUCCUCUUACAGACAGUUAUUCACCGCCUACUUUCGUUUCUCCUGUUGGAACAGACUGGACAGACCUGGUUCUGGGCUCAGCUGACUUAAGCGUGGAAAAUAUUAAUAUGGAGAUUCUAGACUGUGAAUCUUUGAGUGACCAUCGCUAUGUUUCAGUCAAUUUGGAGAGUAAUUAUGAAUCGACAAAAAGUCGUGUUAUCUACUCUAGACAUAAAGGAAGAGUUGGGAGGUUCAUAAAGGGUUUACUUCCAUUUUUUCAGGAUUUGGAGGAUAAUAUUAACAACUGUCAAGAUGCUGAGGAGUUGAAUAACAUCAUUUUUGAUAUGGAAUUGCGUAUUCAGAGGGAGAUGGCAAGAAGACUAGUUGUGAAAACCAGGAGAAAAGACAAUGAUGUUACAUGGUGGACUCCGACUCUUCAGAAAUUGAAACGUCAGCUUAGAGCCUUUAGGAAAAGCAGUCAGGUUUCGGGUCUGUCAGAGUCCUUGAGAUUAACACGGAAAGUCAAUUAUAAAAAAUACUUGGCAUUAUACAAAAAGACCAUAAAAAGGACAAAGUACGAAUUUAGGCAGAGAUUAUUUUUGCGAAGCCAAGAAUAUUAUGAUCAAUUCUACAAAAUUGCCGCAGGGAAAAGGAGAAAAAAGAGCAUCCUCUAUAAGAGACAGGAAGAUAUCACAUUGGAAGACCACUGUAGAGGACUUGUGAAAGACAUAUUGAAUUUGGAUGAAAACUUUAGUGACACUGAGUUUGAAAGUAUUCUACAUGAAUCCCUGGUUAGUGAAGAACAGGACUUUACAUACACUGAAAUUGCUGUUGCUAUUGCCUCUUUUCACUCUCAAUAUGGCUUUCGUAAGGGCAGAAGUGCAGAUCUUGCGCUUUAUAAAGUAGUUGAAGAAAUAAGAUGUAAACGAAUACUUUAUCAUGUGGCCCUCGUCUCUUUUGAUGUUCAGGGUGCAUUCGACACAGGAAAAUGGUCUGUUUCGUACACAUUAAAGAAACUUGAUAUUUCAAGUCAAAUGUUUGACACAGUCAAGGAUUACUUCAGAGACAGGUAUUUGGUCUACAAGAGAGAACUUGGAGAAUUCAACAUUAAAUAUGCCAUGAAUAAAGGUUGUCCCCAGGGCUCCUGUAGCGCUCCCCUGUUAUGGGGUCUUAUUGUAAAUAAUUUGCUCAAGGAU